AUGAUGGAUAAGAAGCCUAUAGAUCCUGCAAAGGAGCUGUCUCCGGAUGGUCGUUCAUCCAUCCAGGGGGGCAUUGCUCACCAUGCAGAGGACCCUCUCCCCGAAAGGGAACCUUAUGGACCCCCAGGUAUUAGGGGACUCAUAGCAAACCCAUUCGUCCUCAUGUGUGCUGCUUGCUCGACGCUGGGAGGUCUCACAUUUGGGUAUGAUCAGGGUGUAGUCUCGGUCAUCCUAGUCAUGGACCAAUUCUUGGAGCGUUUCCCCGAGGUGAACUCCGGCUUUUGGAAAGGUUUGAUGACAGCGAUGAUCGAGCUAGGGGCAUUCCUUGGUGCCAUGAAUCAGGGUUGGAUUGCGGACAAAAUCUCUCGCCGUUAUUCGAUCAUCGUCGCAGUUUGCAUUUUCACGGUUGGAUCAGUAUUGCAGACAGCAGCGGUCGACUAUGCCAUGUUGACUGUCGCACGACUGAUUGGUGGUGUGGGGAUUGGUAUGCUGUCAAUGGUGGCUCCCUUGUAUAUCUCCGAAAUUAGUCCUCCCGAGUGCCGUGGUACACUUCUGGUCAUGGAAGAGUUGUUCAUCGUCCUUGGAAUCGUCAUUGCAUACUGGAUCACCUAUGGCACUAGAUACAUGUCUGGAGAGUGGGCAUGGCGCCUUCCCUUCCUGCUGCAGUUGAUCCCGGGUUUCAUCUUAUCGGCGGGUGUUAUUGUACUGCCUUUCUCUCCAAGAUGGCUUGUUGCCAAAGGAAGGGUCCAGGAGGCUCUUCAGAGUCUAUCGAAACUGCGUCAGUUGCCUCCAUCCGAUAAGCGCGUCAGACAGGAGCUUCUGGACAUCAAAGCCGAGGUUCGCUUCCAUCAGGAACUCAACGCAGAAAAGCACCCCAAUCUGCAGGGUGGGGGAAUCAAGAAUGCAAUUUUGCUUGAUCUGGCAUGCUGGGCCGAUUGCUUCAAAAAGGGUUGCUGGCGGAGGACGCACAUUGGUGUCAUGAUGAUGUUCUUCCAACAGGUGAGCAGCAAGAUGCCUCAAAAAAUCAUCCCAGAAAGCAACUAA